AUGCAUUCGAGCGCUUUGCGCAAUAUCUACUUUGCCGGUGAUCUCCAGCCAUGGCCAGGCUUCCUGAGCGCUGUUCAGGCCUGUCACGAAGGCUGUACCUGGAGUCGGCAAAUUCUUGGUUACACGCUUCAAGCCCGCGAUCCAUAUACGCAUGGAAAUGCCGAGGUUGGGGAUGAACACGGCGUCCAAGGCCGUUUUCAGAAAUUUUUUGGAGACGUACUUGACACUAUUUUCGCGUCGCAAUCGACCGGUCACAUCAAUCUCCGUUUUGCAGAUUCUAAGUGUAUACCUUCUACAUACACCGGCACCCCUGACGUGAUCAUGAAAGACAACCACGACGCCUUGAAGAUCGUUGGGGAGCUUAAGGCACCCUGGGUUACCGAGCAUCACAUUCAACCAAGGCUUGACCGUGAGAGCUCUUUAAGAAAGAUACUCGCCCAACCUAUCAUGUACAUGCAAGGCCUGGGCUGCAUGUACGGCUUUCUGAGCACAUACGAAGAGACCAUGUUCUUGCGACAGGUCGUGGACAAUAACGGCGUAUGGAGGAUUGAGUAUUCUCCCGUGAUCCUGUCGUCCACCGCUUACGAUAGACACGAGACACAGCCCCCUGUGAUUCUGUGA